UACAAAACUUAUCUAAUUUAAUUUAUUUGUGACAUGUGUGAGGUCUACUUUUUAGCAAAAUAUGGUUGAUUCCAUAACUAUAUGUGAAGUGAAGUUCAAAACCCCUAGUGAAGAUGACUUAAAGGGCCCAAUUUUGACACAGAAGGUGGCUGAUGUAAAAGCCACAAUAGAGGAGCAGCAGUUGAUAUGGAGGAAGAAGCGUUGCAUAAUCACGAUCGAUGGUUGGACCAAUAGAAGAAAUAGUGCACUAUUGAAUUUUUUUGUUUCUUCCUCGGGUGCCACCAUGUCCAUCAAAUCAAUUAAUGUUUCAAGACAUACAAAAAAUGCCACAUACCUUUGUGAGGCUUUAGAGGAAGUCCCAGUUGAGGUGGGCAAGGAGAAUGAGGUGCAAGCGGUGAUAAAUAAUGCAACAAAUUAUGUUGCUACAGGUAGACUAUUGAUGGAGAGGCACCCAACAUUAUUUUGGACUCCAUGUGUUGACAAUUGCCUUGACCUCAUAUUGGAGGAUCUUGUCAAGCUUUCAUGGAUUAAAAAAUUUGUGGAUUCGACCACAAAUAUUUGUAAAUUUCUAUACAAUCACACACGGGUCCUUAGCAUAAUGAGGCAAUACACAAGGCCUAAGGAGUUGGUUUGUCCUGGCAUAAUUAGAUUUGCUACUAAUUUAAUCACAUUACAAUCCUUGAUUUGGCCAAAGGUAGCUUUGAGGCAUAUGUUUGUUAGUGAGGAGUGAACUUCCUCAUUCUAUGUAGUGACCACUGUAUGGAUUAA